AUGGAUGUUCAACACAAUACGUUCAUGGCCCAGGCCCUCGUAAUGGCCGAAGAGGCUUUUGGUGCUGGCGAAGUACCUGUUGGGUGUAUUUUCGUCCGUGAAGGUCGAGUUAUUGCACGUGCGCGAAACCGGACAAACGAGCUGCGAAAUGCUACCCGUCACGCUGAGCUCGAAGCUAUCGACGAGAUCCUUGCCAACCCGGAGCUUACUCCAACGAAAGACAUGCACCCACUUUCGACGACAACGCUCUAUGUCACUGUCGAGCCAUGUAUUAUGUGUGCUUCCGCUUUGCGCCAGAUGGGCAUCCAGCAAGUCUUCUAUGGCUGUGCAAACGACCGAUUUGGCGGCUGCGACGGCGUGCUGAGCGUCAAUGCCAGCGUCCCGCACCCAGUCCAUCCAUCUUAUCCAGCAUUUGGCGGCUACAUGCGUGAGGAAGCAAUUAUGAUUCUCCGCAGGUUUUAUAUUACGGAGAACUCGCAUGCUCCCGUACCCAAGUCAAAGGCAAAUCGUGUGUUAAAAACAGAAAUAUCACCGCCAUGA